AUGAACUCUUCUGGCUAUAUACCACCUUGGACAACACCGUAUGUUAUUGGUAUUGGAGGGAGUUCAGGUUCUGGAAAGACGAGUGUUGCUACCAAACUCGUGACAAGAAUCAACACUCCAUGGACAGUAUUAAUAUCGUUGGACAAUUUCUAUAAACCGUUAACCGUCGAAGAACGAAAGCAGGCUUUCGAAAAUAACUACGAUUUCGAUAAACCGGAUUCAAUAGAUUUGGAUCUAGCUUAUCAAUGUAUCCUGUCUUUGAAAGAAGGUAAGAAGGUGAAAAUCCCAACCUAUUCGUUCACAGAUCAUGAUAGAAUUCCAAAUAAGUUUUUAACCAUCUAUGGUGCGAGUGUUAUUGUUAUUGAAGGAAUUUACGCAUUAUAUGACCAAAGACUUCUUGAUUUAAUGGAUUUGAAGGUUUACGUGGAUGCAGAUUUAGAUAUAUGUUUAGCUAGAAGAUUGACAAGGGAUAUCAUCUCUCGUGGGAGAGACUUGCAUGGUUGCAUAAGACAAUGGGAGAAGUUUGUUAAACCAAAUGCGGAUAGGUUCGUGAAACCAACCAUGAAGGCAGCAGAUGCAAUCAUCCCAUCCAUGUCAGAUAACAGCAUUGCGACUGAGAUGUUACUUAAUCACAUUCAGUCUAAAUUGCAGCUCAAAUCGCAGCAGCAUUUAGCAGAACUUCAAAAGCUCGAGUCAUACGCUGUGUCGAUUGAUUCUUUAAAUAUAAUUCAUAAGUUGAGACAAACUAAUCAGGUGAAGGCUCUACAGACUAUAUUGUUAGACAAAAGCGUUUCAAGAGAUGACUGGGUAUUCUAUUUUGACAGGUUAGCAACAAUACUUUUAUCCUUUGCAUUGGACGAUAUACCUACGAAAUUGAAAACGACUAAAGUUAUUACGCCGACAGGAAAACAGUUGGAUAAUCCAGUUUUUGUUGACUUUGACCGUGUCACAGCUAUAAAUAUUGUUAGAUCUGGCGACUGUUUCAUGAGAUCUCUAAGAAAGACAAUUCCUAGCGUCGCAGUUGGUAAGCUACUUAUUCAAUCCGAUUCCAGAACAGGGGAACCACAAUUGCACAGUUUAUUUAUUCCACCAAUGAUCGAAAAUUAUAACCAAGUGCUACUGAUGGAUGCGCAGAUAAUUUCAGGUGCAGCGAUAAUCAUGGCAAUCCAAGUUCUUACUGACCACAAUGUUGAUCUCAAGAAGAUUAAGGUUGUAGUUUAUCUAGCGACAGAAACCGGUAUUAGAAGGAUAGUUAAUGCUACUAAUAAUCAAGUUGAAAUAUACGCUGGAGAAAUUAUUUCCGAUGACAAAAUCAGAACUAAUCAAUGUAAUUGGGCCAGAAAGCGGUUCGUUGCCUCAAAUUACUUUGGGUGCAAGUAG